AUGGAAUUGAAUACAUAUCUAGUUCUAGUCAUACUCAUUCUUCUUGCCAUUUCUUCUUUUAUAAACUACGAUCUUUCAACUGCAAAUGAUGGGUUUUACCCUUUGCCUCGAUUUCUCACUAGUUACUUUCGCCCAAACAAAGUUCUGAAAGAACACUACAAUGGAACCUUGCCUGGCUUUAUCAUUACGGGAGUAAUGAAAUGCGGAACAGGGGCAGUAUCGAAGUUUCUUUCUCAACACUCAAGAGUUUACGACAUCGGCGAGACUUAUUUCUUCAAUCGCUACUACGAAAAAGGAUACAGUUAUUAUGACGCUUUGCUGACUCGCAGAAGUGCAGGCAAGCACAAGAUUGUUUUUGAAAAGACUCCAACUUACUACAAAACACUGCCAACAGCCGAACGGAUUCAUGCGAUGAGCCCAGACACGAAGAUAAUACUUAUUGUGUGCGACAAUGUGCAGAGAACAUUGUCCCGAUAUCUUCAUAUUUUGCACCUGAGUCCCAACUCUUUACAACGCCAGCAGAAGGAGCACAAGAUCGACGAUCUUGGAAAAGACUUCGAAGAAUUCCAACAACGCUUGAAUGCCACAAUAGACGACCUCAACAUCGAGUUCAAAGGGAUGCUGGCAAAUCGUUUUGGAAAUUUUUACCGUUUCGUCGAAGAUCUCUACGACUUGUAUAAUCAAAGAAAGUAUCCGUUCUCAACAAAAGAUUCUACUCUGAGGGAACUCAUCUUGACUGACGGAUUGUAUUCGGUCUAUCACAUGACAUAUCUGAAGUUUUUCUCGCCCGAAAAAGUUCUUGUCGUUGAUGGUUCCACCAUGAAAGAUUCGCCUUGGACAGAGCUCGAGCGAAUACAAAAUUUUCUCGAUGUUCCUGUCGAGCUAUCAGAAAACUCUUUCAAGUGGUCCGAGGAACGCGGACUUUACUGCCUCAACAAAGACGGAGUUCCAAAUUGUCUUGGAAAAGGCAAAGGGCGAUCGAACGGGUGGGAGUUCGAACCUUAUCUUCAGAAGAAGUUGAUGAAGUUCUUUAAACCUUUCGAUCAGCACUUUGCUAAUUUGUUGAAGAAAAGAUUCAGCUGGCAGGACAAAAAUGACGAAGAAUGA